AUGGCGUACAAUGAUAUGCAUAGACAAGUGUUGCAGUAUUUCAUGCACGAAAGAAUAGUUUCUGAAAAAGAUGCUAAAAAGGUGAUUCAAAUUCUGUUUCCCGGGAAAGACAAUGAUAACAUUAUUGAACUAAUAAACUCUAAAAUUUCUCCACUCGAAUUCAAAAUCAACAAAGUGGUAUGUGAACAAAAUGGCAAUGUUGCCUAUGUAUUCAUUGCUACGUUUAUUGAAGAUUUCAAUGCUAAACCGGAUCCAAGCAAAAUAAUCUUUGGCGGACUCGUUAAUCAUAUUUUUGCUUCAGGUGGAUCUGUUACGUAUGAUCAGUUAAUGACAUUUUCUAAGAAUAUGUCUGAUACUCAGUUAGAUAACUUUUUUGCAUCAAAAUAUUUGAUUGCUGACGAAGACAAAAAUAUAUUUUUGUCACCAUUGGCAAUUAGCGAAUUGGAAGGGUAUUUGAGCGAAAAAUUUCAGGACAAAAGAUGUAUGGGUUGUAUGAGUAUUGUUGGACAUGGUAUCAAAUGUCCGUUUUGUGAAAAAUUUGCACAUGGACAUUGCUUGACUGCAUAUUUUAAAAAUGUGGGUAGCAAGAAGUGUCCCAAAUGUUCUAAGCAAUUAGAUAUUAGUUGGAACACGAUAAAAACAGUCAAUACCUUAUAA